CAGUUUCAGAUUUACAGUAGUAGUCGUAUUGGUAUGUGUGUGGCAGUAGACUUGCGUGGUGUGGCAAGCGAACGAGGAAAAUUUUAAUUUUAACUUUCGAUUCCUAACAUAACAAACAAAGGAAUGUUAAUUGGGAAAGGUUGUGAAUACUUCAGCGAUUGUGUUCAUAUCAGCAUGUUAAAGUUUAAUAACAAGUAUUACCGAUAAGUGCAGUUUAUUCGAAUAAAAUCUACCGUGAUGUGGCUGAUGAUUCACAAUAACUCGACGCUUUUACUUUUGUAGUGUUUGUGUUCAGUUUACUAAAUAUCUGUAUAGUUUUGUGUGUUUCUGUAACGGUUUGUUGAAGAUAGUUAAAAAUCGUAAUUUACAUUAAAGUAUAUAAAAAGUAUGGCGUGAUCGAAUAUAGUAAAUGGUAUGAAGAAGCCUGUUCAUAAAGCGAUGGAUAUAGGAAACUAAUCUUACUACAGUGAUGAGCAAAGUAAGACCAAGUGUUAGUAUUGAUUUUGAUCUUGCUUAUUUGGUCUUGGUCUUGUUUAAAUACUUGUAGUCUUGAUAUUGAUCUUGGUCUUGCUGAUAUAGUCUCGGUGUUGGUUUUGGUCUUGCGUGUUAAGUCUUUGUCUUUGUAUAAAGACAGUUUUGGUUUUGGAUGCCUCAUUUUGGCCGGGUAAACCUCACUCGAGAGGGAAAGAAGAUCCCACCACAUCUUACCAAAUCUUUUUAGAAAUGGUGAGGUGGCGCCCUGAUGUCGCGCCGCUUAACCCCCAUACAGCACCCCACUCGUGUACCACAUCACCAUCAGCUUCCCACUUCAGAUAACCCCUAUCAGGGCACAACAUUACCGUUACCGCACACCUAUACCCACCCAUACCAUCAGUCGCAUGAGUCAACAAAUAAAGGUGAUCGAAGGGGUGGCGCCUACAAAAAUGUUACUCCCUAUGAUACAGGAGUAAGCGAAGAAAGUUUCACCGACUCGAAUACGUAUUACAACUGUAAUCAAGAAUAUUCUCAUUGUCGAAAUAAAUCUCAGAAUAAUGAAUGUGUGUAUUCGGACGACAGCGGUUCUACCAGAUUGCCCUAUUAUGAAGAAAUAUCGCCAAAAAGGCACUCAAGAAACUACUCUUCCGAUCGUAAUCCUAAAGGUGCGAAACCGUUGUACAAAGAAAAUAGAAUCACAUCAUCUAUUAGAAAGGACGUGAGAAAGGUGUACCCCAACCAAAGCAGUCCAUGUGAAGCCUAUUUUCAUGAUGGAUCUCAAAGACAUAGUGAUAGUACAGGUGCCCCUACAAUACCAACAGUUCGAGGGGGUGGUUUGUCGCGUUUAUCUGAUAGACCUCAAAGUUCUUUAAGUUCUUCAGGAAUAGGUAGUGCUGUCGUCGAUGGUUGUGGUGGUCGAUGCCAAACAUUUGAAAAUGUUUGCUACUAUUUUCUUCAGGUAGCGUUUACGAUGGGAAUACUAAUAGGAACAUCAUUAUGUAUAGCUGGAGCAGUUCUUCGAAAAUCCACUGCGAGAAAUUUGCAAGUUCUCGUUUAUAUAGGGGCCCUUUUAUCACUAGUAAGUGCUCUUUUAUUGGGCAUACAAUGCAACGCGCGUAAUAAUGCUCGCAAACGUAAAAAAGCACUUCGUAACGCCAAAAGACAGCCAAUUCCCCUCGAUAAUCUGCAAACAAGGAUCAUCCCUCAUCAACAACAACCAUUAAUGGUGGUUGAACAUGCGAAAAGAGUACAAUCAAAUGUUGUUCUGCAAGAUGUGCCUCAAAGAUCUGCGGUUGUUGAACAGCAAGGAAUACCUUGGUGGAGAAGAAAAGAUAUUAAAUAGUCGAAAAUUUGUAUAUAUCUAUGUUAAAACAAAACUAGCCUUAAAGAUUGUAAUUAUUAACGCAACGAGUUAUUUUUCUUUUUAUAAUUUUGACAUGCAAAGACUGAUUUCAUCGAAUGAAUUGCAUGCUAUUUUUUCUACCUCAAGAAUAAUUAUGACGUUUUAAGCACUAUGUCUAGUCUAACAAUAAAUAUGUAACAAAGUAAGUGAACUUGUAUGUAUGUAACAAAUUAUGUAAAUUUGUACAUUAAAAUUAUUCUUGCAAAUGAA